UAUAGGAGUAAAUGGCUACUAGUGAGUUGUUUAUUCACUGAAGCACAAGAGGUGGAAGUGGACAUUUCACCACCGGGCACACAAUGCUGGGGCAGCUAUUGAAAAGUGAGCCUCUUUUCACAAGUAUUUUGAGAACAACCGAUCUCUGGAGGCGUCCAUGUCCCAAGGACGCUCAGAUAUUGACAAGAAGAACAUUUUGUAACAAAGCAGAGGCCACAAAGAAGGUUAUUCCAGGCCGUAGCACAUUCAGAAAUGACAGAAGACCUACAGCAUUUGAUAAAAAGAUUUUAUUAUGGGCAGGACGGUUUAAAAAAGAGGAGGAUAUUCCAGCUCUAUUAUCAUCUGAGGUCAUCAAAGCUGCUACGAGUAGAGUGAGGAUCAAAAUUUGCUACAUCACAAUGGCACUGACUCUGCUAGGCUGCUUGGUCAUGAUCAUCUCGGGCAAGCAAGCUGCUAGAAGAGAUGACACGCUGCUGAGGAUGAAUACCGAGAAGAAGGCCAUGUGGAGGGCUGAAGCAGAGACAGAACUGGAAGCAGCUGCAAUGAAAGCUCAGUGAUCAAGACGGGAUUUAUUUUAGCAGCAGGCGAUAAGUGAUUUAUACAUGUGGCAUAUGCACCUCUGUUCCGUUAA